AUGGCUGUCGAUGCUCAAAAGCUUGUGGUGGUCAUCCUGAUCGUGGCCGUGCCUUUGCUGCUCAAGUUCAUCAUCGGACCGAAGACCAAGCCUGUGCUGGAUCCCAAGAGAAAUGACUUCCAAUCAUUUCCGCUGGUUGAAAAGACCAUCUUAACGCAUAAUACUUCGACGUACAAGUUUGGCCUACCUCAUGCCGACGAUGUUCUCGGUUUGCCAAUUGGUCAGCAUAUCGUGAUCAAGGCCAGUAUCAACGGUAAGGAUAUUACUAGAUCGUAUACGCCCACUUCGUUGGAUGGGGAUACUAAGGGAAGCUUUGAAUUACUAGUGAAGUCUUACCCCACAGGAAACGUUUCUAAGAUGAUUGGAGAGCUGAAGAUAGGUGACUCGAUUCAGAUUAAAGGCCCUCGUGGAAACUACCGUUACGAGAGAAACUGUCGUUCUCACUUGGGGAUGAUUGCUGGUGGUACUGGUAUUGCGCCCAUGUAUCAGAUUAUGAAAGCCAUUGCCAUGGAUCCUCAUGAUACCACCAAGGUCUCUCUUGUCUUUGGCAACGUCCAUGAGGAGGAUAUUCUGUUGAAGAAGGAACUGGAAGCGUUGGUGGCCAUGAAGCCUUCCCAGUUUAAAAUAGUUUACUACUUAGACUCCCCAGACCGUGAAGAUUGGGCUGGUGGUGUAGGAUACAUUACCAAGGAUGUCAUCAAGGAACACUUGCCCGCUGCUACAGUGGACAACGUUCAAAUUUUGAUCUGUGGUCCUCCUGCCAUGGUUGCCUCAGUUAGAAGAAGUACCGUGGACUUGGGGUUCAGACGUUCCAAACCGCUUUCUAAGAUGGAAGACCAGGUGUUUGUGUUUUAA